AUGCCUCGGUCAUGGACCUUCGUCGUGGCGAUAUUGUACAAGAACUCGCAGCCUCGCAAGCAACUGGGCUACCUCCGAGCCCAAUUACGCGACGCGUCACUGAGCUUCAGGGACCGUACGCAUUACGAAGAUGCAGACAGAAGAUCACGAAACCGUUUGGGGCUGAACAAGGGUGAAGACCUCCGGACGUAUGACGGCAUCGACCCGGGGAUGCGGGUGACCCGCGCGCAACCCCCUCCUCCGGCACAAGCUGCAAAAAGGCAGAAGAAGACGGUCUCGAGGCUCAAGGGCAGCGCCGGGGUCAGAGUCAAAGCUGAGCUGCUCGAUGCAGCAGCCUCCCUCUCGCUGCGGACGGGCUGCCUCACCGACAAAUCCAGCCUCCGCCGGCAUGACGUGACGACUACCAGUCCAUCAUCGCCGCAUCGACUGUGUGCCUACACUUGGACCCUCGUGUCCGUCUGCGACUCAAGUGCCGACACGUCAGGGGUCCCCGUAAACCUUGGCACUCCGAUAUAUGAGCGCACGGGAAAUCUGGCCUCGAUAGACGUCGCAGAGAGAUCUGAUCGAGCACCUUCGCUGCAGAGCGCGACAUAA